AUCCGAGCCCAGACCGCGGCGGCUCCGGCAGCCUGGGCGCCGCGACCCUCGGCGGCCACAGGGGGACGGGGCGGAGGAGGAGGAAGAGGCGGAGGCAGCGGCGGCGAAGGGGAGGAGGGUUCGCUCGCCGGCUCCGACGCAGACAUGGUGGACUGAUCCCCAGCGGGGCCGCGAACAGCGUUUCCUGAGGCACCUCCCGCGCGUGGUUCCGCCGCGCCCCGCGCCCCUCAGCCCCUCGCCGGCGCCCGCGUCGCGGGUUGGCAGCCGGGCCCGGCAGCCGCGUUCCCGCCGCGUCCCGCGCCCGGUACCUAUGGAGGCGCCGCUCGCCGGCGAGGCCGCCGACCAUGCCUAGGAGGGCCGGGAGCGGUCAGCUGCCGCUGCCCCGGGGCUGGGAGGAGGCCAGGGACUACGACGGCAAGGUCUUCUACAUUGACCACAACACCAGGAGGACCAGCUGGAUCGACCCCCGGGACAGGUUAACGAAGCCCUUGUCAUUUGCUGAUUGUGUUGGGGAUGAGCUGCCGUGGGGAUGGGAAGCAGGGUUUGACCCUCAGAUUGGUGUCUACUACAUCGAUCACAUCAACAAAACCACACAGAUAGAAGAUCCAAGAAAACAAUGGAGGGGGGAGCAGGAGAAGAUGCUCAAGGACUACCUCUCUGUGGCACGGGAUGCCCUCCGGACACAGAAGGAACUGUACCACGUGAAGGAGCAGAGGCUGGCGCUGGCCCUGGAUGAAUACGUGCGAUUAAAUGAUGCCUAUAAGGAAAAGUCAAGUUCUCGCACAAGCUUAUUCUCAGGAUCUUCAUCCAGUACUAAAUAUGAUCCCGAUAUUUUAAAAGCUGAGAUCUCCACUACAAGAUUAAGGGUUAAAAAGCUAAAGAGAGAACUCUCACAGAUGAAGCAAGAACUGCUCUAUAAAGAACAAGGCUUUGAAACAUUGCAGCAAAUUGAUAAAAAAAUGUCUGGAGGCCAGAGCGGGUAUGAACUCAGUGAAGCCAAAGCCAUUCUAACAGAACUAAAAUCUAUCAGAAAGGCCAUUAGCUCAGGAGAAAAAGAAAAACAAGAUCUGAUGCAGAGUCUUGCUAAGCUGCAGGAGCGGUUUCAUUUGGAGCAGAACAUUGGCAGAUCUGAGCCAGAUUUGAGAUGUAGUCCUGUGAACUCUCAUUUAUCUCUCUCCAGACAGACCAUUGAUGCUGGGUCACAAACACGCAUUUCCGGAGAUAUUGGAGUGAGAAGUAGAUCAAAUUUAGCUGAAAAGGUCAGGCUAAGCCUACAGUAUGAAGAAGCCAAAAGAAGUAUGGCCAACUUAAAAAUUGAACUGUCAAAAUUGGACAGUGAGGCCUGGCCUGGGGCAUUGGAUAUUGAGAAGGAAAAACUGAUGCUGAUUAAUGAAAAAGAAGAACUUUUGAAAGAGCUUCAGUUCGUCACCCCACAGAAACGUACCCAAGAUGAAUUGGAACACCUAGAAGCCGAAAGGCAGCGGCUGGAGGAAGAGUUGCUGUCCGUGAGGGGAGCGCCAAGCAGAGCUCUGGCCGAGAGAUUGAGAUCGGAAGAGAGAAGAAAAGAGCUGCUACAGAAACUUGAAGAAACUACUAAAUUAACUACUUAUUUGCAUUCACAACUUAAAAGCCUCUCUGCCAGCACCCUGUCCAUGUCAUCUGGGAGCAGCCUGGGUUCCCUGGCAUCGAGUCGGGGCUCUCUGAACACCUCCAGCAGAGGGUCACUCAACUCCCUCAGUUCCACUGAACUCUAUUACAGCAGUCAAAGUGAUCAGAUAGAUGUGGAUUAUCAGUAUAAACUGGACUUCCUUCUGCAAGAGAAAAGCGGUUACAUUCCUUCCGGACCCAUCACCACCAUCCAUGAAAACGAGGUGGUCAAGUCCCCUAGCCAGCCUGGCCAGAGUGGACUCUGUGGGGUGGCAGCUGCAGCAACAGGCCACACUCCUCCACUGGCUGAGGCCCCAAAGUCUGUGGCCUCCCUGUCCUCGAGGUCCUCCCUUUCCUCCUUGUCUCCUCCAGGCUCUCCCUUGGUUUUGGAAGGCACGUUUCCCAUGUCUUCUCAUGAUGCCUCUCUCCAUCAGUUCACUGCUGACUUUGAAGACUGUGAAUUGAGUAGCCAUUUUGCAGAUAUCAGCCUCAUCGAAAAUCAGAUUUUGCUGGAUUCUGAUUCAGGAGGAGCCUCCCAGUCUCUUUCAGAGGAUAAAGACCUUAAUGAAUGUGCUAGGGAGCCAUUAUAUGAAGGAACUGCAGAUGUGGAAAAAUCAUUACCAAAAAGAAGAGUGAUCCACUUGCUUGGGGAGAAAACCACUUGUGUGUCGGCUGCCGUAUCUGAUGAGUCUGUGGCUGGAGACAGUGGGGUCUAUGAAGCUUUCGUGAAACAACCUAGUGAAAUUGAAGAUGUCACAUACAGUGAAGAGGAUGUAGCCAUUGUAGAGACCGCCCAGGUUCAGAUAGGACUCAGAUACAAUGCAAAAAGUUCAAGUUUCAUGGUGAUUAUAGCACAGCUCCGAAACCUUCAUGCCUUCUUGAUACCUCAUACUUCAAAAGUAUAUUUUAGGGUUGCAGUUCUUCCUUCCUCAACUGAUGUCAGCUGUCUGUUUCGCACAAAAGUUCAUCCGCCCACAGAAUCCAUUUUAUUCAAUGAUGUGUUCAGAGUCGCCAUUUCCCAAACAACCUUACAACAGAAGACACUGAGGGUAGAUCUUUGCUCUGUCAGUAAACACCGAAGGGAAGAAUGCCUGGCUGGAACUCAGAUCAGCCUGGCAGAUUUACCAUUUUCCAGUGAGGUUUUCACUCUGUGGUAUAACUUGCUUCCUUCCAAGCAAAUGCCUUGCAAAAAGAAUGACGAAAAUGAGGACUCCGUAUUUCAACCAAACCAGCCGUUAGUAGAUUCUGUAGACUUGGAUGCAGUGUCAGCCUUACUUGCAAGAACAUCAGCUGAGUUGUUAGCUGUGGAACAAGAAUUAGCACAAGAAGAAGAAGAAGAAUCAGGACAAGAAGAGCAAAGGGGUCCAGAUGGAGACUGGCUAACAAUGCUAAGAGAGGCCUCUGACGAAAUUGUGGCUGAAAAAGAGACUGAAGUUGAAUUGCCAGAGGACAGUAGCUGUACAGAAGAUUUAAGUUCAUGCACUAGCGUGCCUGAGAUGAACGAAGAUGGGAACAGGAAAGAAAACAACUGUGCCAAAGACCUCAGAAGUCAGCCACCUACUGGAACACCAACACUGAUUGACAAAGAGACAAACACUGAUGAAGCUGCUAAUGAUAACAUGGCAGUUCGCCCCAAAGAGCGCAGCAGCCUGAGCUCUAGACAGCGUCCGUUCGUGAGGAGCAGCGUGAUAGUGCGCUCACAGACCUUUUCUCCAGGAGAACGGAGCCAGUACAUCUGCAGGUUAAAUCGGAGUGACAGUGACAGUUCAACCCUGGCUAAAAAAUCACUGUUCGUGAGGAACUCCACCGAACGCCGCAGUUUGAGGGUCAAAAGGACGGUUUGCCAGUCAGUCCUUAGAAGAACAGCACAGGAAUGCCCAGUGCGGACAUCUCUAGACUUAGAACUGGACCUUCAGGCAUCUCUGACCCGGCAGAGCCGCCUCAAUGAUGAGCUGCAGGCACUGAGGGACUUGCGGCAGAAGCUGGAGGAACUGAAAGCUCAGGGAGAGACUGACCUUCCACCAGGUGUGCUGGAGGACGAGAGAUUCCAGAAGCUUCUGAAGCAAGCUGAGAAGCAGGCUGAACAAUCCAAAGAAGAGCAGAAGCAAGGUUUGAAUGCAGAGAAGUUGAUGAGGCAAGUCUCCAAGGACGUGUGUCGGCUCCGGGAGCAGAGCCAGAAGGUGCCUCGGCAGGUGCAGUCCUUCAGGGAGAAGAUUGCCUACUUCACCAGAGCAAAGAUAAGCAUCCCCUCCCUGCCGGCUGAUGAUGUGUGAUUACUUGACUUGAGAAAUUAUUUUUUCAUCUGUUCACUUUCUUAGGGAGGGUAAAAGACUGAAGAUUUGUGUUUUUGUUUUGGUGUUUGGGUUUUUUUUGGUAACAUAACUGUCAACUCUUGAAGAACUUUAUUUCAUAUCAGAUUUUCAACACGUUAAUUUGUAAAGUACCUCUAGUGUAAUUUUUAUGUGCUUAAAAAAGAAAAAAUCAGAUAAGAAAAAUGGGAUAACCUGGUACACAAAUGUUGCCCAGUAUGUGCGCAUUGCCAGUGGACUUUAUUUUGUAAAAAUGGAAUAGAGGCAGUACCCCACGUGCAUACUGUUGAGCCGACUGUUGAGAAACGACUUGGUUCAGCAGGUGGUUUUGCUUCUCCUUUGUGUUCCUGUGAGUGGGCUGUGCCGAUGGCAGCAGCGCCACGUGGUAUCUGCGCUGGCAAGGAGAGGAGCGCUUUCCAUUUGGAGGCAGUGUGAGCACACGCUGGAGUGCAGCGUUCCAAAGUCCACCCGAAAUGGAUGCUGCUUUCACGGCCAUCACCUGUGCGGGGACACCUGGUUUCCUUAAGACAAUUUUCUUUUUGUCCUUUUAUAUUUUUCUAAAGAAAACUAAGAUAUAAACUACCAAGUGCUCUUAAGAAUAAAAAUAAGAAUAAGAAUACAAAGGAGCACUACUCUUGGCUACAUGAAAUAUCUUGGGAUUCAUGACACUGAGGGCCGGGAGAAGAAAGAACACCAGCCACGUAGAGAUACAAAUAAGCUCAUCAAAUGAGCAGCUGGUUUGUCUCACUCAGCCUGAAUUUGCAUAAGUGUUCAAAAGUGAGUUUCUGGCUUGCACCAGUGUUUUGCCCUAAAUCUAAGAAUGGUGCCAAGUGGUGGCCCUGUGUUCUGAGGACAGAGAGAGCUGGAGGUGUGGAGGGAAACGCAUCGGCACUCAUUUGGUAUAACCAAGAAGAGGGGAAAAGAUAUCUUGAUAGAAUCAAAGUUGCCAAAAACAAAAAAGCGUUUAUCCAGCAGAUUUCUAACAUUUAGUAGAAAUUACUUCAUAGCUCUCAUUUUUAGGAGAUUCUAUCUAUAAUUUAUGGUAAAUAGUUGGGAGGCAAAGGGAAGAAUGUACCUGGGGGGAUUAUUAAUUUGAAGUAUAAGCUAAAUUGUUUAUUUAAAAAGCCUAGUUUGGAUGAACAAGUUUAGAGAGAUAAACUGACGAAUGUGUCCUCCAGUUUAGAAUUUCGCCUUACCCGACCCAGGCACUUCUUAAAAAAACAGAUCCUCGGUGCAGCUCUGCGGGCAUCAAGGCUUUUAAAAUAUAUAGUAUUUAGGCCAUGUAAACCAUACUUAUUACUCAGAAACAAUUUUGGGUUAGCUAUCUAAUAUAGCAAAUAAAAUAGAUUUUUUAAAGAAAUCCAAAAUUGUCUUAAAGGAAUGGACCCCUUAAAGAAAAAAAAAGUUGUGUUCCUCAGUUAGAAUGCUCACUAGCAAGAAUUUUUAUUUUCUUGAAAGCAAUUAUAUAUAUUUCGGAAAGUUCAUGUUAUUGGAAUCGAAGUUCAAAUUAAGCAACUUCUGAGCCUAGAACUUUAAUUAUUUUUUCCUAAAUGUCCCACCACUUACAUACAAAUUUCUCUGAAGACAUAACUGGACAUGGCAGACACUACUUUGAACCAAAACCAGCCUAGUGAAUUGACUGAGUACAGUCCUUUAAGGCUGCCCAGUUCAUUCUAUUAGAUGACUAAGGAAAACUAGAAAAAGAAUACAGUUCACCCUUGUCAAGGUCAAAUGUGAAAGGCAGAAGUUUAUUUAACGUAGAGGUAAAUGAAGGUGAGCUGUUUUCAGCGUCUUAGUUUGACCAUGAAAAUGUCGAUAGAAUUAUGUGUAGUUGUUCCGUACGAUUUUAUUUUCUUCAUUUAUUUAUUUACAGUCUUAUUUAUGUUCUGUUUAAUAUAUAGUUUGAUUCUGGCCAUUUUAAAUAUUUGACACAGAAGAGACUAUAUUGGAAUAUUUACAGCUUUAUAAGUCUUUCAUCAGAUUAGCUGUUGACUUUUUGUAAUACAAAAAGUUUCAGACAAGUAUUAAAGAAUAAAAUCUGUCUCAGGCUGGUAGUUAGCAGUUGUGACCAAGAUGCUUUUGGUUGUUGUAUUUCACAAAAUUUCCUCAUUUCUAACAUGAGAGAUGAACUUAUUUUAAUAUAAUCCUUUUUCUACACUUUAAAAGUCAGCAAUAGUGUUAUGUAUUUAUAGGCAGCUUUUAAUAAUCUUGUCAUAUUUGUACUAACCCAAAUGAUUCACGGUGACAAAACAUUUUAAUAACUUGAUCACAAAACCAUAUGGACAAAUAUGAAUUUUAAUAUUAUAAAUACUAUUUUUAAAAGGUAGAAUUUAUUCGCACAGGGUAAAAAGAAUGUAAUAUUUAGUUCUCAAGUUUGAAUUAUCAGUAUAUUAUUACAAUUUUGUAUAUCAGAAUCUUAAGUGUUACAGGUACAAAAAGAAUAUUGCUAGCCAAAUGAACAAAGUUUAGCUAAAUCUCUGUAGCAUGCAAAUCAAAUAAAUUAAAAUUUGUUUGCUGUUGCUUUAUCUAUAUUGUAUUAAAUAUCAAAAGCUCAGGACUGAACUUAAUAUUUAAUCAGGUUAAAUUCUGAACAUGUUUCUGUUUUAAUUUGUCUUGUUUGUAAACGUAUGCAAAUACAUCACAUAGAUUAACUGGUUUCUGCACUUUCCAUGUGUUUGUGGGUGGAAAAAAAUUCAGUGGGUUUUUAAAAAAAAAAAAAACAAAAAAACAAAGCUACGUAUUGCCUAAUACCCUAUUUCAGUGUUGUUUAUUGUUCAGUUUAUUUCCCUGAUUGGCACAAACACAAGAGUUUCCUUGAACCAUGUACCGAGCAAAUACAAAAUAUUUCAUGAAGAAAUCCCCAGGCCGGCAGUUUGUGAUGACUAGUUCUCGUUGGAACUAUAUGUAUUGCUGAUAAAAAAGGAUGAAGUUUUUUCAUUGGGCAAAUAAAAUGAAGGGCUCUAGAA